UUCUCUCUCUAAAAAUGUCUUCCUUUCCUGCUCUUUGCAUUCCCCACACCUCUUCUGUUCUCACCUUCCCCGUUUUCUUCGCCGUCAUCGUUUUCGUCUCCGUUUUCGCUUUCCUACUUGCUCCCGGCGGCCUAGCAUGGGCUCUGUCGUCAAAAUCUCGAACGAGAACGGCCAUUCCUGGCCCUUUUGGUGUACCCAUUUUAGGCCUCGUCUUUGCUUUCACAUCCUCUUUGACUCAUAGAACCCUUGGGAAGCUUGCUAUUACCUUCAAUGCUACGUCUCUAAUGGCGUUUUCCGUUGGGUUGACUCGUUUUGUCAUCUCGAGUCAUCCGGAAACUGCUAAGGAAAUACUCAACAGCUCUGCUUUUGCUGACCGGCCGGUGAAGGAAUCGGCGUAUGAGCUUCUGUUUCAUCGUGCCAUGGGGUUUGCUCCUUAUGGUGAUUAUUGGCGCAACCUUAGAAGGAUCUCGGCGACUCAUUUGUUUAGCCCUAAAAUGAUAUCGAGUUUUGGGGGUUUUCGGGAGAAAAUCGGGUUGAAAAUGGUGGAUCAGGUUUCCGAUUCCAUGGAUCGUAACGGCGUUGUAGAGGUUAAGAGGUUGCUUCACUUUGCUUCGUUAAACAAUGUAAUGAUGUCUGUAUUUGGCAAAUCGUAUGAUGAUUUCGCUGACGAUGGCGGCCAUGGGUUUGAGCUUGAGGAGUUGGUUAGUGAAGGAUACGAACUUCUCGGAAUCUUCAACUGGAGUGACCAUUUUCCGAUCGUUAGGUGGUUUGAUUUUCAGGGGGUGAGGAAGAGAUGCAGAAAGCUGGUUUCUAGAGUUAAUGUUUUCGUAGAAGCAAUCAUAAACGAACACCGCGAACGGAGGUCUGGAAACGGCGGAGCUGCCACCGUUCACGGCGGCGAUUUCGUUGAUGUUCUGCUUGAUUUGGAAUCCGAAAACAAGUUCAGUGAUGCUGAUAUGAUCGCUGUUCUUUGGGAAAUGAUCUUCAGAGGAACCGAUACGGUUGCAAUCCUUCUGGAAUGGAUUCUCGCGAGGAUGGUAUUGCAUCCAGACAUUCAAGCCAAAGCACAAGCUGAAAUCGAGAGUGUCGUUGGAUCGGGUCGACCCGUGCUGGACACGGAUCUUCCAAGCCUGCCAUACCUCCAUGCAAUUGUGAAAGAAACCCUACGUGUACACCCACCGGGCCCACUUCUAUCAUGGGCUCGACUCGCCAUCCACGACACCCAAGUGGGUCCACACCUGGUUCCAGCCGGGACUACAGCCAUGGUCAACAUGUGGUCCAUAACCCACAAUGCUCAAAUCUGGGUCGAACCCGAGUUGUUUAACCCGGAAAGGUUUAUCGAUCAAGAGGUCUCGAUAAUGGGUUCGGACCUCCGUUUGGCUCCGUUCGGUGCGGGUCGGAGGGUUUGCCCCGGAAAAGCGAUGGGUUUGGUUACGGUUCAGCUUUGGUUAGCUCAGUUGUUGCAGAAUUUCAAGUGGGUCGCAUCCGGGUCGCAUCCGGGUCUGGUUGAUUUGUCAGAGUGUUUGAAGAUGUCAUUGGAAAUGAAGAACCCAUUGGUGUGCAAGGCUGUGGCUAGGGUUUGAUGACGUGGCAGGAUAAUUAAUUAGCCUUAAUUAAGUUUAAUUAAUGACUAUCCAUUUUCUUAGGUAGUAAGGGGUAAUUUUGGAAUUUGAAAAAGUUUGGGAGGUAGUGUGAAAGUAUGCACUGUGUACACACCCUUUUGGUUAUAUAUAUGUGUGCCCUUAUAUAUAUAUAUAUGUC